AUGACUCCUGCUGUCUUUGUGGUGAUUCUGUGCUUUGGACUGGCCUUAGGUGCUUCAGUACAUGAUCCUAAUUUGGAUUCUCAAUGGGAAGAAUGGAAGGAGAAAUAUAAAAAAAAAUACAGCCCGGAGGUAGAAGCAGUGAGGAGAGCAAUAUGGGAAGAAAAUAUGAGAAUUGUCAAACUGCACAAUGGGGAGAAUGGUCUGGGAAAGGAUGGCUUCACCAUGGAACUGAACUCCUUUGGUGACCUGACUGGUGAAGAAUUCAGAAACCCAAUGGCUAAUAUUCCAGUUCCAGCUGCCCUGACAGUGACAAAAAAAGACAAAAAAAUAGUUGAUGGUCUACCCAAAUUUAAGAACUGGAUAAAGGAAGGCUAUGUGACUCCUGUAAGAAACCAGGGUACAUGCGGCUCUUGUUGGGCUUUUGCUGCAGCUGGUGCCAUAGAAGGACAGAUGUUCUGGAAAACUGGCAAACUCACCCCUCUGAGUGUGCAGAACCUAGUGGACUGUUCUGAAAAGCAAGGAAAUAAAGGUUGUGAUUAUGGCACUGCAUACAGUGCCUUCAUGUAUGUUAAUGAAACUAAAGGUCUCCAGGAUGAGAUUUCCUAUCCAUAUGAAGGAAAACAAGGAACCUGCAGGUACAAUAGUUCGAAUUCUAAAGCGUAUGUCACAGACUUUACGCUCCUCCUACAGAAUGAAAUUUACUUACUGGUUGCUGUAGCAUCAAUAGGGCCUGUUGCUGCAGCAGUUGAUGCUUCCCACGACUCUUUCAGGUUCUACCGUGGAGGUAUUUAUUAUGAGCCAAAAUGCAGUCAGUAUUCUGUGAAUCAUGCAGUUUUGGUAGUUGGCUAUGGAUAUGAAGGAAAUGAGACAGAUGGCAAAGAUUACUGGCUGAUCAAGAACAGCUGGGGUGAAAAUUGGGGCAUGAGAGGCUACAUGAAGAUUGCCAAAGAUCGUAGCAACCAUUGUGGAAUUGCUUCGCAAGCUUCCUUUGUUGAUAUAUUCUGA